GUCCCUGAUGUACAGCACAGGUAAACUGGACAUCAGUGAUCCACAGGAGGAGAGAGCUGGUGAGAGAUCGGAUACACUGUGCAGGAUGUUACCUCUGCUUCUCCUCAGCCAGAUAGCAGCAUUCAUCGCUGCAGCUGUAGCUGAAUGUGACCUCAGCAAAGCGGCCAUUGUUGAUGGCACCUACACAGUGAGUGAUGGAGGAAACAUUGGUAGUGUGGUGAAGUACAGCUGUCCUAAGGGAAUGUACCCGCACCCUGGCUACUCACGUGAGUGCUUACUGGAUGGCCGCUGGAAGAAAGAAAAUAUAAAGGCUGUAUGUAAAGCUAUUCAGUGUCCCACACCUGCUAUGUUUGAGGGUGGAGAAUUAUUCCCCCGCAGAAGAAAGUAUUUUGUGGGCGACGUCCUGAACUUAGAGUGCUGGGAUGGAUUUAAAAUGUUUGGACCAGGAAACCACACGUGCCUGGAGAACGGAAAAUGGAGCGGAAAACUCACUAUAUGUGAUCAUCAAGAGGGAGAAUGCCGCAAUCCAGGAAUCCCGUUUGGGGCGGUUAAAAUUGGCAUAUCUUAUAAUAUAGAGAACAGUGUGACCUAUGAGUGCCAAUAUGGAAUGAAGAUAACCGGCUCUAGCAAGCGGCAAUGUAUGGAGAACAAGCGUUGGUCAGGAGCAGAGCCAUCCUGCAGAGAAUGGUAUAUCUAUGACACCCCCAAGGAGGUGGCCUCCAGUAUAUCAUCCUCACUUUCUGAAACAAUUGAAUCAUCUGACCCAGAUAAAGAGGACGGUACAGUAGAUCGUAAAGUACAUAUAAGCGAAGGCGGCCUCAUGAACAUCUUCAUCCUCAUGGAUGCUUCAAAAAGUGUAGGAAAAGAGAACUUUGAAACUGCAAAGGAGAGCAGUGAAACAUUCAUAGAUAAGAUUUCCAGCUUUGACUUUGAACCCCGAUAUGCUGUCAUCUCUUAUGCAUCAUUGGCAAAACCGAUUGUGAGGCUCUCUGAGGAGGAAAGUGUAAAUCCUGAUCAAGUCAUUGAGAAAAUAAAAAAAUUCAAAUACAGAGAACAUGAGGAUAAACAAGGGACUAACACACGCGCAGCUCUGGCUGAGGUUCAUGGAAUGCUGUCUCUGCAAAAAUUAAGGGACCCAGAAAAAUUCAAGAAGAUUAGAAAUGUUAUUCUGCUUAUGACAGAUGGAAAAUACAACAUGGGAGGGGACCCGACUGUGGAAAUCAGGAGGAUGAGAGACCUGUUGAAUAUCACCAAAGAUCGAGAAGAAUAUUUUGAUGUCUAUGUCUUCGGCCUGGGUGAUGAUGUCAGCAUUACAGAACUCAAUGAUAUCGCGUCCAAGAAAGAUCAAGAGAAACACGUUUUCUUGAUGAGAGAUGUUGAUGAUAUGAAGGAGGCUUUUGAGGACAUAAUAGAUGAGACAGAAGCCUUUCAGAUGUGUGGACUCUCCAAAGAAAAAGUAAUCAUUGGUGGGGACUUAGUUGAGAUGUUUCCCUGGAUUGCUAAGAUUUCCAUUACUCGUCCGGAGAGCCAGGAAAAAUGUAAAGGAUCCAUUGUGAGCAAAAAUUUCAUCUUGACCGCUGCGCACUGCUUCUACAUAGAUGAAGAAAUGCAUUAUAUCACUGUGGACAUUGGCGGUGGCCAGGGGCAGAAAGUAAAAACUCUCUACCACCAUCCGAAGUACAACCCUGCAGGCAAAUCAGACAAAAAUGUUAAGAAAUCUUUUGAUUACGAUUUGGCUCUUCUGGAACUAGAGAAACCAAUUCAGUUUUCCCAAAAGAGCAGACCCGUCUGUCUCCCAUGUACAAAUAGUACGUCCUGGGCAUUAAAGCAACGAGGGAAAUCUGUGACUUGCAGCGACCAUAGAAACAUUUUACUUUUAGAAGAACUGGUCAAAGCAAUGUUUAUUGCUGAGGAAAAACCUAGAAACCUGGAACAGAAGAACGUUCUCAUAAAGCAAGGGCGUAAGAGGGACGCCUGCCUUGCAGAUGCAAAAAAAGUAAAAGAGUUUGAGAAUGUGACUGAUAUUACUGAUGCUGUGACCGACAAUUUCUUAUGCACAGGGGGGAUAGAACCAGAGGUUGAUCCUCAAACAUGCAAAGGAGACUCCGGAGGACCUCUUAUUGUAGCAUUCAAAAAACGUUACAUCCAGGUGGGAGUUGUAAGCUGGGGGAACGUCAACAGUUGCAUUGGGUCUAUAAGGCGUCCCGGACCAGUCCCAGCAGAGUCUCGGGACUUCCAUACUGAUGUGAUCCGCAUGAUGGACUGGAUACAUGAAGUUAUGAAAGAUGACCUUGAAUUCCUGUGAUAAAGCCUCCGCCACUAAGGGGAACGGCACAUUUUGCAACAAACGUUUUAGUGUAAUAGAUUUUUAAAGGACAACAAUCACAUACUGUAAUAAUGCAGCAGAAUCCCAGCUGCGCAUUUCAGAUAAUUAGGGUGCAGUACAAUUGGAAAGAUUCAAAACUACCUUGCAGAAAAAGAUCGUACAUUUUAGAAAGUGAGGGGCAGAUGUAUUAAGCUCGGGG